AUGUCAUCGCAGGGCAGGUUCAAGAAGGACAAAGAGAUCAUCGCCGACUACGAGGCGCAAGUAAAAGAAAUCCGAACUCAGCUGGUGGAGCAGUUCAAAUGCCUGGAGCAGCAGUCAGAGUCGCGCCUGCAGCUGCUGCAGGACCUGCAGGAGUUCUUCCGCAGGAAGGCUGAGAUCGAGCUGGAGUACUCCAGGAGCCUGGAGAAGCUGGCCGAGCGCUUCUCCUCCAAGAUACGCAGCUCCAGAGAGCACCAGUUCAAGAAAGAUCAGCACCUCCUUUCCCCUGUGAACUGCUGGUACCUGGUUCUGACACAGACCCGGCGGGAGAGCAGAGAUCACGCCACCCUCAAUGACAUCUUCAUGAACAAUGUCAUCGUUCGGCUGUCACAGAUCAGUGAGGAUGUCAUCAGGCUCUUUAAAAAGAGUAAAGAGAUUGGCUUACAGAUGCAUGAAGAACUCCUGAAAGUCACCAACGAGCUCUACACGGUGAUGAAGACCUACCACAUGUAUCAUGCAGAAAGCAUCAGCGCUGAGAGCAAGCUGAAGGAGGCAGAGAAGCAGGAGGAGAAGCAGUUCAACAAGUCCGGGGACAUCAGCGUGAACCUGCUGCGGCACGAGGACCGGCCCCAGCGCCGGAGCUCCGUCAAGAAGAUUGAGAAGAUGAAGGAGAAGAGACAAGCCAAAUACUCUGAAAACAAGCUGAAGUGUACUAAAGCCAGGAACGACUACCUGCUGAACCUGGCAGCCACCAACGCUGCUGUCAGUAAAUACUACAUCCACGAUGUCUCUGACCUCAUUGAUUGCUGUGAUCUGGGAUUCCACGCCAGCCUCGCGCGGACCUUCAGGACAUACCUGUCUGCUGAGUACAACCUGGAAACCUCCCGCCACGAGGGCCUGGACAUCAUUGAGAACGCUGUGGACAACCUGGAUGCACGGAGCGACAAGCACACCAUCAUGGACAUGUGCAACCAAGUCUUCUGCCCUCCGCUGAAGUUUGAGUUCCAGCCUCACAUGGGGGAUGAGGUGUGUCAGGUCAGUGCCCAGCAGCCUGUGCAGACUGAGUUGCUGAUGCGGUACCACCAGCUGCAGUCGCGACUGGCCACCCUCAAGAUAGAGAAUGAGGAGGUACGAAAAACUCUGGAUGCCACAAUGCAGACUUUGCAGGACAUGCUGACAGUGGAAGAUUUUGAUGUUUCAGAUGCCUUCCAGCAUAGUCGCUCCACUGAGUCAGUCAAAUCGGCUGCAUCAGAGACCUACAUGAGCAAAAUAAACAUUGCCAAGAGGAGAGCCAACCAGCAGGAAACCGAAAUGUUCUAUUUUACAAAAUUUAAAGAGUAUUUGAAUGGCAGUAACCUUAUCACAAAGCUCCAGGCUAAACACGACUUGCUGAAGCAGACUCUUGGAGAAGGUGAAAGAGCUGAAUGCGGAACAACCAGGCCCCCAUGUCUUCCCCCUAAGCCACAGAAAAUGAGGAGACCUAGGCCUCUCUCAGUCUAUAAUCAUAAACUCUUUAACGGCAAUAUGGAAACGUUCAUUAAGGAUUCAGGACAGGCUAUCCCACUUGUAGUAGAAAGCUGCAUUCGUUACAUCAAUUUGUAUGGCCUUCAGCAGCAGGGCAUUUUCAGAGUCCCUGGCUCCCAGGUGGAAGUCAAUGACAUCAAGAAUUCAUUUGAGAGAGGUGAAGAUCCCCUUGCUGAUGAUCAGAAUGAGCGGGACAUUAAUUCAGUGGCUGGAGUCUUGAAGCUGUAUUUCCGAGGACUGGAAAACCCCCUCUUUCCUAAGGAAAGGUUUCAAGAUUUGAUAUCUACUAUAAAAAUCGAGAACCCCACUGAGAGAGUGCACCAGAUCCAGCAAAUCCUCAUCACUCUGCCUCGGGCUGUCAUCGUUGUCAUGAGAUAUCUUUUUGCUUUCCUUAAUCACUUGUCACAGUACAGCGAUGAGAACAUGAUGGAUCCCUACAACCUGGCCAUCUGCUUUGGGCCCACUCUGAUGCACAUUCCAGAUGGGCAGGAUCCGGUGUCCUGCCAAGCCCAUGUCAAUGAGGUCAUCAAAACCAUCAUCAUCAACCACGAGGGCAUCUUCCCCAGCCACAGAGAACUGGAAGGACCUGUCUAUGAGAAGUGCAUGACUGGAGGGGAGGAAUACUGUGACAGCCCGCACAGCGAGCCGGGCACUAUCGAUGAGGUUGACCAUGACAACGGCACGGAGCCACACACCAGUGAUGAUGAAGUGGAGCAGAUUGAAGCCAUAGCAAAGUUUGACUACAUUGGAAGAUCUCCACGAGAGCUCUCCUUUAAGAAAGGGGCCUCGCUCCUCCUGUACCAUCGGGCAUCAGAAGACUGGUGGGAAGGAAGACACAAUGGUGUGGAUGGCCUCAUACCCCACCAGUACAUUGUGGUACAAGACAUGGAUGACGCAUUCUCCGACAGCCUGAGCCAGAAGGCAGACAGCGAGGCAAGCAGUGGACCGCUGCUAGAUGAUAAAGCCUCCUCCAAGAACGACAUCCAGUCUCCAACAGAUCAUAUUGUGGACUAUGGCUUUGGGGGAGUCAUGGGCAGAGUGAGAUUGAGGUCUGACGGUGCAGCUAUCCCUCGCCGUCGAAGCGGGGGGGACACCCACAGCCCUCCCCGAGGGAUGGGUCCUGGCAUAGACACUCCUCCUCGAGCAGCCGCCUGCCCUAGCAGCCCCCACAAAAUCCCUCUAAACAGGGGCAGGAUUGACAGUCCCGAAAAGCGCAGGAUGGCGACAUUCGGCAGUGCAGGCAGCAUCAAUUUCCCAGACAGGAAGGCCUUGUCUGAUGGGCACCCGCUGAGAUCGACCUGUGGAUCAACUAGACACAGUAGUCUCGGAGAUCAGAAAUCUCUAGAAGCAGAAGCGCUUGCUGAGGACAUCGAGAAGACCAUGAGCACAGCCCUGAACGAGCUGCGGGAGCUGGAGAGGCAGAACACAGCCAAGCAGGCUCCUGAUGUGGUCCUGGACACACUGGAGCCCAUGAAGAACCCCCCGAUGGGCGCUGCCAACUCGGAGCCCGCCAGCCCCCUGCACACCAUCCUGAUCCGGGACCCCGAUGCCGCCAUGCGGCGCAGCAGCAGCUCCACCACGGAGAUGAUGACCACCUUCAAGCCCGCGCUGUCAGCCCGGCUGGCCGGGGCUCAGCUGCGGCCCCCACCGAUGCGGCCGGUGCGGCCGGUGGUGCAGCACCGCUCCAGCAGCAGCAGCAGCUCUGGGGUGGGCAGCCCUGCUGUCACCCCCACCGAGAAGCUGUUCCCCAGCAGCUCGGCAGAUAAAUCAGGCACCAUGUAGGCUGGGGCCCGGAAUGCCAGCGCCUGGAGGGUUGGAGCAGGGCCGGCAGCUCGGCAAAGCCUCGCUCUGCCGAGCGGGAAGUCAGAUCCGUGCUCAAGGGGAACCUCUCCUGAAUGGGAGCAAGUGCGUAGCCUAGGCCUGGUGGCUGAUUGUACAUAUGUGUGUGUGUAUGUACAUAUGUGUGCACACACACCUCCCCAUCCAUACAGAAACACUUCCCAAGCUUGCAGCCCGCUGGCAGGAGGAGGCGGUGGGUGUACGUGUUGGCACUGGAGAACACACGCUCUAUGUAGAAGUAUAUAUUAAAAAACAAAGUGUACAGAAUUCAGUGACUUUUAAAAAAAAGUAGAUUUACCUCAGAAACUGGCUCUGAAAUGUCCUCUCUCGAGAUGCUGGGUUGAGUUUUCCCCAGGCUAUCGUGUGCGUGUGUGUGCGUGGAGAUGCGUAGCAGCUGUGCAUCGAGCAAUACAAGGCCAAUCCUGGAGUUUACUUUCUGCAUCUCUUAGCAUUUACAAAAAGGGGAGGGUGGGGGGGAAAUACAGUGGAUGCUGUUCAUUGGUGGCCUAUGGAGAAGAGCUGGAAGUUCACAAUUGACAGUGUGUGUCAGGCCGGCUGGAGUGUCUGCUCAAGCGGGGUCCUGAGACACCGUCGUGUGCGCCGUGAUGCCCUGGCCGGGAGCAGGGACACAAAGUGAGGUGUGCUCCAUUGCUUCACACAGGGAGGAGGAUGCUGCUGCUGCACUGGGGUACGGUGCUGCCCUGCCUGCACAGCAGGGUACACGGGACUCUGGAUUUCCGAAUGAACAAGGACUAGUGACAAACCUGUGGUAAAGCAGAGUCGCUUACAUGGUUUUGAGAUGCUUCAUUUCCCUUUCCCCACACAUUUGUUUCUUUAUUUUUAAAUCUAAUGGUAUCUCAACAGAUGGGACUAAGUGGGCAAGAGGAGGCUUUGGUACAAUAACGUUCCUUUAUUUGAAGUUGCACAGCAGCACAUGAGGGUCUUGAUUCAGAUUGCAUCUUCUUGCAUGAAAAGCAUGAGCCAUAUUUGACCAUAUCAGAUGCAGAACUGAUCUGAUGGGGUGGUAUUUUGCACUUUCUGUACUGUACUAUAUAAUACAACAGUUUGAGUUUAUGCAAAAGAAUCUACAUUUUGUUUUCCAUCUGAACAUUUAACCCAGAGAAACAAAAUAUGCAGAAAGAGCUGGGGGUUGCAUGGUACUUUGAUAAUCAAGUCUCCUGUAAGUGCUGAAUUCAAGACGCUCUGUGCUUCUCCUGCAGUUAUUUCUUCUACAGAUUUCCAUGCAAUGACCCAUGGUUUAUUCGGUCACUUCCACAUGACCAUGUACUAACCAGCUCCUCCAUGUCCAUCCUUUCUUCCUGCUAUCCCUGAUUUCUGCUGUUGUCUGGUGCCUGGGCAAAGCAGCUAGUGAGCCUCAUCCAGCAGGCCCUGCCCAUGGUGGGUUUUUGUUCCCCCCUUCAUCUUGCUCUUCUCUCCUGCACCACUGCAGUGCCCAGCUUGCCCAUGGCCAGAGGAGCAGCCUGGCUUCAGCAAGGCAGUGAUGGCUGAGCCCAUGGGUCCUGCUGCAUCUCGUGUCUCAGCUGAGAGCUCACCCUAUGUUCCUCCAUGUGCCAGACCCAUCACAACCCCGGCGGGACCAGCCCAGUGUUGUUCCCAUGCCAGUGCACAAGCAUGUGUCCCUUCCGCCCUGCCCGGCUCUGUAUAUAUUGCUGUACUUGCUUAAAUGCUGGAAAGUAACUGUUAACAUGUAAACUGUACAAAAAAUAGGCUAAGAUUAGAUGAAAGCCACUCACCAAAUCUUUGCACUUAGUAGGUAGCUCAAUGUAAAAAUAAAACCCAGUAAUAAUAAUAAUGGUAAUAAUAAAAAGAAGUGAAAAACAAAGCCGUAAAGCUAACCUUUCAGUGUACAGUGGGGGAGAAGUACUGUAUGUAGUGAUUCUGUCAUUGUUCCUCCGUAUAAUGCUGUGAGGGGAAAUGGUGUUUAUGUACUUGUCUAUUAACAUUGUUGACAUUUGUAAUUACCACAAUUGGUUCGUACUGAUGUUUAUUUUUUCCUCAUGAUUUUCCCCCUUCUCCUGACUUAGGCUAACCCGGAGGUUACCGCCUCUGUCGUUUCGGGCAGCAGAUGUUCAAACAGGCUGUCAGUCUGGUCUGGUAAUGAACCAGCAAAUGUGCUUCUAGGGGGUGGGAAGAAACCCAUUUGGCACGAGAGCUGUCUGUUCGUUGCCAGCGAUUCUAUUUCUUUCUUUUCCAUUUAGUUCCUGGAGAACAUUCACUUUGCCAGUGUUCUGGUGUUUUUAUAUACUUUGAAAGAUGACUUGAUAGCAAAACCAUGUUUAUGAGGUUGGGGUUUUUGUUUCCUCCCUUCUUACUUUUGAAGAUGCGGUACGAGUUCCAGUGUCUUUCUAUUAAAUUAUUGCCUUUCGUUUUCCUUUGAUUUGUUUCGUUGUGGGUUUUUAAUACAGUUGUUUUCUUAUCUUUAAGUGCCUUUUUGAGCACCAGAACAAAUGCUUGGAGUUUAACGUCCUAGGAGCUGUACACAUAAAGAUUUCCUUUGUACAGUUGCGUUGUGCUGGGGUGAUUGCUAUUAGAGUCCUUUUUUAUUUGAUUUGAUUUCUUUUUAAAGACAAGAAAACCAGGACGUUUUGUUGGAGAAUAAACUACCCCUUUUUAACACGCUAUUCCAAUUGUAGUUUUAACUACUGUAAAUUUAAGGGAAGAAAUGUAUUUUUCUGUAAGCUAACUUGGCACAAAAUUGAAACACGUUACCUUGUAGGAGUAUCAUAACUGGAACCUGCUCAUGUUCUAUGAGUGACUGUACCCCGAUCCUCGAUACCUCUCUAAAGGUGUACAGACUGUAGGCUUCAGAGAGCUCACAGAGCUUUCACUGUGACAACCUCCGGCCGUGCCGCUGCCGGGAGCGGGUGGUGGGAUCCGGGGCAACCAAGAGCAGAGUGUUCAUGGAGCAGCUGUUUCUCUGCUGUGCAGAGCAAGUGCUGGCCUCCGGCUCGGCUCCCACAAACCUUCCCCAUCCCAUGCCGAGGGGCUCCUUGGUGCUUGCCCACCCUCCCUGGGGCUCAGCAUCACCUUCGAUGGUGCUGACUCGAGAGCAGUGGCACCCACGGCAGCCUCUCCUGUGUACAGACUCUUCAGCAGCGCGUGCAAGUGUGUCGGUCCCCGGGUGGUGGUGACAGUGCACUUUCUUCCUUCGGCUGAAGUACCCUUGGUAGGUCCUUUUUGUAAACCCUGGGCUGUGUUAUUUAACUAGCAGUGUUGUGGUUUUCACGGGGCAGCAGUAGAUGUCCCGAGCCUGGUCUGCUUCCAAGUGGCUGGGCUGUGAAGUCUGAUGAGGAUGGGUUUGGUUCUGCUGGGAAGCCAUAAGAAACUGCUGGCUGGCUGCCCUUCGUAAUGGUCGUCCUCCUCCUCUGGUGUUGUCCCUGUAAUGUAUGGUGAGAUGCCGUUCAGCUAGAGUGUCUGAGUGGGUCCUCUGUCAUGUAUGCUGAUGAUGCCAUGUAGAUGAAGCCACUGGUUGAGUGUGGACUCAUACUGUUGAAUAAAACUGCUUAACUUUUCUCAAAAA